AUGGCGGUUCUCUCUAAACCCGUGCAUCCAAACGUCCAGCUGCUCCUCGAGAAUUACGCUUCCGCUGGCUCGCCUCGCACUCGCCUCCUUGUUCUCCUUGCAACGCUCCUCAUCCUCCGUGGUCGCAUCGUAUCUGGUCCAAUAGAUGUUACCAAAGUUCCACGCGGGAAGCGUGCAUCGCCAGAAGAACUCGCAGAUGCGUUGCAGCAAGUGUAUAUUCAGGAAAAGGACGGCUCGAAGACCCUCCUCGUUCCAUAUCGUGAUCAGUACGUUACAAAGGUCCCCAUCAGCCCCAUAUCUCCCUCCAAACUCGCAUCAGAUGCUCCCUACUUUCCAAUCAUAUCCUCUCCUUCCAUCUCCUCGUCCCAAUCUCUCGCAAAAUCGAAGUCAACUCCUACUGGCCUAAACACCACAUUCCUUCACCAACUUCGCUCCAUCAUAUUCCGAAUCGCCAUUCCCUCCUGGAGAUCAAAAGAAACUCUACUCGUCGUCAUGCAUAGUUUCUUUCUCGUCCUUAGGACAGUCUUGAGUAUUGGCGUCGCAAGGUUGGAUGGGAGGAUCGUCAGAGAUUUGGUUAGUGCAGACGGAAAAGGCUUUUUGCGGGGAUUAGGGCUAUGGUUUCUCCUCGCCAUACCAAGCACUUAUACUAAUUCAAUGAUCCGCCAUCUUCAGUCAAAGAUAUCUCUCCGCAUCCGUACACGCUUAACGCGAUAUAUUCACGACCUCUAUCUAUCUUCCGCUCCCCACCUCCGGUACUACCACAUUGGCUCCGAACUCGAAGGUGUCGACCAGUACAUCACUGCAGACGUAGAAGCCUGGGCAGACGCGCUAGCUGGAUUAUAUGGGAAUCUGCUCAAACCAACGCUUGACACCCUCCUCUUCACCUCCCAGCUCUCGCGGUCCCUCGGAUUGCGUGGAACCAUACUUCUCUUUGCCAAUUAUUAUGUCACAGCGAAAAUCCUGAGAGCUGUAACUCCAGCGUUUGGGAGAUUGGCUGUAGUGGAAGCAAGGUUGGAAGGAGAAUAUCGAGCGGGUGUAGGGAGAGUGGGGAGAGAAGGGGAAGAGGUCGCGUUCUACGAUGGUGGUGCACGAGAGAAGGAUAUCCUCACCAGGGCAUACUUGAGGUUGAUCAAGCACGUCAAUUCAAUAUACAAGAUUCGGAUAGCCUACGAAUGGACAGAAGACUAUGUCAUCAAGUAUCUUUGGUCUGCGGCAGGGUAUGGCUUGAUCGCAGUUCCUUUGCUGAUAACAAGGACAAAGAAAGCGAUUGGAGUGCAGGCUGGCGGCGACGAGACGGGUGGAAGGGUUGACAACGUGGUUGCACAUCGAACAGAAACUUAUAUAUCGAAUCGACGCCUCCUCCUAUCUCUCGCAGACGCAGGUGGGAGGUUGAUGUAUGCGUAUAAAGAUCUGUUGGAGCUUGCUGGCUUGACUACUCGGCUAUACACCCUCCUCUCAACUUUACACAAUCUCCCAUCAAUGCCAGUCUCAGCAGAAGGGGACGUCAUCCAGCUGAAAAAUGUGGACGUUGUCAUCCCAGGAAGCGCACUCAUCCUGUCCGCCCCGCUUGUCCGCGAUCUUUCCCUCAUCCUUCGCGAAGGCGAGCAUCUGAUGAUCACAGGAAGCAAUGGAGUUGGAAAGACUGCGGUGGCGCGUGUGUUGGCUGGCCUGUGGGAUGCCCAUGGACCUCUCGCGUCUGUCUCCCGCCCUGGCCCCAUAGCAGAUGACAUCUCUCCCUCUCCAAGCUCCACGCACGCUUCAUAUGCAUGGACGCGCCCUGGUGUAUUCGUCGUUCCACAGCGCGCGUACAUGGUGACAGGCUCGUUGCUCGACCAGGUGAUAUACCCGCACGGUUAUGCUCAGUUUAAAGCGAGUGGGAGGAGUUUGGAGGAGCUGAGGGAGAUUUUGGAAGCUGUGUUUUUGGGGUAUCUGCCUGAGCGUGAAGGGGGGUGGGGGACAAGGAAAGAGUGGAGGGAUGUGUUGAGUGGGGGAGAGAAGCAGAGGAUGGCAUUGGCACGGGUAUUUUAUCAUCGCCCAAGGUUCGCUAUUUUGGAUGAGUGUACGAGUGCGGUGUCCAGCGAUGUCGAAGGACAGAUGUAUGAACGCGCAAAGGCGAUGGGCAUAACGCUGAUCACCAUCUCACUACGCCCUUCGCUCAUGAAGUACCACAAACAACUCCUCACGCUCACCGGCGACGGUAGUGGGCGCUGGACGCUCUCGAGAGUGGGUGGGGCGGAGGAGCGGAUGGAGAUGGAUAGGGAGAUCGUGGAGCUUGAGGCACGGUUGGAGGAGGUUGGGAAGUGGGAGAGUAGGGUGGAGGAGUUGGAGGGGCUUUUGCGGGUUAGGGACGUUUGAGAUGAGGGUUGAGGCUGGGUUGAGGUGAGAGAAUGGACGGGGUGUAAGAAAGGACAAUGUUAUUUGUUGUAAUGUAGGACAUGAAGUAAGGGGAUGCGGUGUGAGAAGCAAUGAGAUUAUCAAAA